CCUCCGAGCAGGAACGUAAACACACCAUUCCGCCAAGAUGGCCCCGCAGUCGGUGCUCCGGGUGGGACUGCUGGUGUCGUUCUCCGUCCUCCUCACGGUGCUGCUCGGCUUCGGGCUGCCCGCCCUGCUGAACGCGGCCAUGCGGCUGCUGGGGCUGCCGGAGACCAGCGUGACGGAGUGCGUCGUGCUGCUGUACGCGCUGUUCGUGCUGUAUGUGGCGACGCCGCGGAUCCCCAGAGGGCUGCUGGAGGCCAGAGGGAAGGCCGUGCUCAUCACAGGCUGCGACACUGGAUUUGGACACGCGCUCGCCAAACAUCUGCACAAGCUCGGCUUCACCGUCUUCGCCGGAUGCUUGCUGAAGGAUAAAGGUGGAGAGGGGGCGAAGGAGCUGGAGGACUUUCACUCAGAUGACAUGAAGGUCGUCCAGCUGGACGUGUGCAGCGACGAGCAGGUGAACAAGGCCGUGGAAUUCAUCAAAAGUAACCUGAAGGAAAGAGGCCUGUGGGCAGUGGUGAACAACGCCGGUCUGUCCACCUUCGGAGAGGUGGAGUUCACCUCCAUGGACACCUACAAGCAGGUGUCAGAGGUCAAUCUGUGGGGCACCAUCAGGGUCACCAAAGCCGUCCUGCCGUUAAUCCGCAGGGCGAAAGGCCGCGUGGUCAACGUGUCCAGCAUGUACGGGCGGAUGGGCAACCUGAUGCGCUCGCCGUACUGCAUCUCCAAGUACGGCGUGGAGGCCUUCUCCGACUGCCUCCGCUACGAGAUGAAGUCCUGGGGCGUCAAGGUGUCCGUGGUGGAGCCCGGCAACUUCAUCGUGGCCACCGGCAUCCUCACCCGCGACAUCGUGGCCGCCACGGCCGGCAAGCUGUGGAGCGAGGCCCCGGCGGACGUGAAGGAGGACUACGGGAAGACCCACUUCGAGCACCUCAUGGCCCUGAUGCGCUCGUACUGCAACAGCGGGCAGAAGGACAUGACCUCCGUGCUGGACGACAUCACCGACGCGCUGCGGUCCAAGCGGCCGUACACCCGCUACAGCCCCCAGGAGCCGCACUGGUGGAUCAGGAUGCAGGUGAUGACCCACCUGCCGGGCGCCAUAUCCGACUUCCUCUACUUCUGAGGCCGUCCCCGGCCUCGGAUCCGAUCACAUCCUUCUACGACGUAGCGUCACGCAGAUCUACAGACUCACCCUGGAGGCGCUUUCUGCCAUGUAUUCCUCAGCACUUGAAAACAUUCACUGAUCAAGCCUUAAAACUUCAGAUCUUUUUUAACUAUGUAAAUUAUUGCACUUUGCUUCGGAAACAUCUGGAAAGAACUUGUAACUUUUAUCUAUUCAGAUAUUUUCUCUGAUAAGUAGUAACUACUUUGUGUGUGAUAUGGACAUGGCUGUCAAACAAUCAUAGCUAUAAACACUCCGUAUGAACUG